AUGGAUCAGGAAACGGCACAAGCUUUAUUUAAUAAAGGUGCUUUCUUGUUAUUUUUGAAUGCACCUGAGAAUAAAUCUGGUACAUCUGGUCUUAGGAGUGGAUUCUUUAAAUUUUAUGAGUCAAAAGAGGUAGUGAUCAAAUAUUGGGAUCCUCAUAUAGAAGAUGUAAAGAAAGAUGAUGAAACAGAUUCAGAACAAAUCGAACGUUUAAAAUUAGACAUGCGUGAAUUUGAUCCAUUUCUUGGCGCAUAUCCACUAACGCCGCCAACACAUUUGGAAAAAUGGGUUAAUUUAACAAAUUAUAUAACCCCUUCGUUGAUUUCUCGUAUAUUACCUAACGAAGGAAAGAUGAAUAACGUUUCAUCGUCAACCGUAGAUGAAGAUGAGUUACUAAACAUUAAAGGAUCAUCGAAGUUUCAGGAGGAUAUUAUUCUUUUUACAAAAUUUGACCUAAAAAAAAGUUGGAGAACUGGUGCUGUGGGGGGAGAGAUAACGAAAUAUAGUCAAGAUAAAAAUAAGACCAUUUCAGAUUUAUCAACACAAUCUUCAUCUAAUGAACUAAAAUCAUUACGACGUCGAUUUAACAAGUUACGGGGAUUUCUUGGUCAGCGAUUUCGAUUGGAACUGUCAAUUGAUAAUGACGAAGAGGAAGGGGACACUAAAAUAACGGUUCAUGCCUAG